AUGGCCAUCGCCAUGUACGGUUACAGCUGGCUAAAGCCCGCUGGAUGUGCGAAGACGAUGCUCGGUCGUCGCGAGGAGGAAGUAGAACGCGAGGAGGUUGAACGACAGCUCCGCGAGGUGGAGUUGCAGGAGCGGCUAGCGCUGGAGACUGAGGAGCAAGAAAGGAUGGCGAGGGCGCAGGAGCUGGGCGAAGGGGAAGAAGGAAGGGACCUGGAUGAGGACAUCCCGGACGCAGAUGACCCUGAUGGUGACGCCGACGACUAUGAGAGUGAUGAAGAGGAUGGGGCGGCAGAGGAGGGCGAAGAUGAGGAUGGCAUGGAGAUGGGCAUGGCGGCAGAUCUGGACGACGAGAUCCCCGACGCAGACGAUCAGGACGCUGAAGACGAUGACGAUGAGCCUCUUUCUCCCGCGGGCGCGGAUGGAGGUUGGGUCUACGAUACGCGAAGAGAGCCGGAUACCGACGAUGAGGACCAACUUCCUCAUCCAUUGCCGCCCCCACCGAGACACCCUGACCGCGGAAAUCCAAGACACGCGACCGUUGCGGGGGUGCGAGUCCCCUUGUCGGGAAGCGAAUACGACUACGACGAGCACGAAGCAGAAGAUCUCGCCAACUCCAUGCUUGACGGAGAUGAAAUAUACGAAGCCGACGUCCAUGGUCCUGAGCGUAGUAUGCUGUCUGGAGACCGUGAUCUCGACGACGAUGUGCCCGAUGCAGAUGAUGACCAAGCAUGGGAACAUACGGACACGGAACUGGAGGAGAGCGAGAUGGACAUCUCCAUUUUACCCCCACCAGGCCAGUCAGGGCACGGUCGCCUUAGAGGAGGAGGAGGAGGAGGAGGAGGAGGAGGAGGAGGAGGAGGAGAAGCAGCCCCUCACUUCCCGCCUCGGAGCUCAGCUCGUACGGCGGCGGCGCCACGCUCUUCGGGACCAUGGAUCACAGGCCCCUCGCCGGACGACAGGCUUCACCAGGCGCCGGCACAACCUCAGACCAUGCCCCGUCAAAGAGGCUCUCAGGCAACACCAGAAGUGGCCAUCCCAAGCAAUGCACGGUUCACCCCGGCGGCACAACGCUCCGUAUCGACGCGGGCCGCUCGAAUCGUCUCGGGAAACAGACAACGACCUUACCGUCCCGAUCUGGCUCGUCCGACCACACGCCACCAAUUACAGCAGACCCAUACCCCAGAGCUGUUGGAUACUCCUCCCCUCGCGGCUGCGGCUGGGAUUGAUAUUGACGUCGACCUCGAUGCGGAUGUGGAUGUGGAUGAUGAGGAAGUCGAUACCGAUAUCGAAGGCGAAGAUGCGGGCGCCACACCAGACCCAUUUGUCGCGCCCGAGCAUGCCCGUGCCCGCGCCCCUGCGCAGGCGGAAACCAUAGAUCAAGGAAGACGGAUCCGUGCGCCCCCGGCUAGAGGAAUACCUCGUGCGCAAGCACAGGCGGUUAGAGGCAGAGGCGGUGCGACUGGCGCCGGCAAUACAAGUCCAAGCCGCACGGCUGCAGCUCGGAACUGGCUCGACGGCGCGGCUGCUACUCUAGGCGUCGGUGGCUCCAGGGAUGGGGGUGCGGGUGCGGGUGCGAGUGCGAAUACGAGUGCAGGCGCGAGUGUUGGCGCCAGGAGGACAUUAUUCCAGCGCGCUACUCGUCGACGCAAUCCUGGUGCCGGUGCCGCUGCCGAUAUUGUAGUCGAGGCGCAGACAGGGGGACAAGCGACGUCCGCCUCCAGUGGUGGCUUGUUUUCUUCGCCAAACGUAGCCUCCAAUGGCGGCGACGGAGGAAGCGGGAGCGGAGGUGGAGGUGGAGUGGGUGGAGGGGAAUGGGACACGCCUGAAGGCGCGAGCACGAGCGCACCUCAAGGACAGGGACAGAGUCAAGACCAAGGAGGAAGGAGGAUCGGCAGACGACGGAGUGGGCGGUUCUUGGCUGGGAGGAGGCGGGCGGCCGAGUAA